AUGCCUUGCAUAAAUACGGUGAGCAAGAAAUUAAUUCCAUCAAUUACGGACAAUCUUAAAUCAAUUUUAAUGCUAGAAUUGAAGGGAUGUCGUUUCAUUACAAUUACUUGUGAUAGUUGGUCAUCACUAGGUAAAAACAGCUACCUCGGUGUGACUUGUCAUUUUAUUGACAAAAAUAUGACUCUAGUUGACCGAAACCUGGAUCUUAAGUUUAUGUCUGAAAUGAAAACAGCUGAAUAUUUAUUUAAUACGUUAAACGAAAUCUUCAGUGAAUGGUCAAUCAAUAAUAAGAUUUUUGCACUAGUUACUGACUCAGGUGCAAAUAUUUUCUCUGCAGUAAAUAAAUUUGAUGAUAAUGUUCUUAAGAUUCCGUGUGCUGGUCAUCGUUUGAAUCUCGUGGUUAAUGAUCUUCUAAACGCACGAGAUAUAAAAGUAAAAAAAUUUAAAAAUGGGUCAAAGCGUUACCAAGUAAAAGAUUACGACGGUAAUGGAAAACUAAUUAAUAGAGAAAUUACAGAAAGUGAAGUUAAAGAAAUUGAAAAAAUUAACGAAGGCAAAUUAGAAAUCGCCAAGGUAAUUUCAUCCUGCACGCACAUUGUUGGUUCAUUUAAGCAUUCAGAGAUGUUACAAAAAAAGUUAAAAGAAGUUCAAGAAACACUUCGUUAUGAAACUAAAAUAAAGUUAGUACAGGAUAUAGCUAUUCGCUGGAAUAGCCAAUUCGAUAUGAUUGAAUCUAUAUUAACAAAUAAAACUGCAUUGGAUAUGAUAAGCAUCGAAUUCCAAAAUAUAAAAGACUAUCUUCCCACUGCUACUGAAUUUAAGGUGCUGGAGGAUUUGUGUGAUUUGUUACACCCAAUUAAAGAGCUAACAAAACUUUUUAGCGGAAAGAAAUAUGUUACAGUAACAUUCCUGUUUCCAACACUGUAUUCUCUACUAAAUGAAAUACUUGAAUCGCAACCUAUUUUUACAGAACUAGUUAAGACUUUUCAAAAGGAAUUAUUAAGGUCUCUAAAAGGACGUUUUAAAUACAUUUUUGCUAAUGAUUUUUUUUUAGCAGCUACUUUUCUUGAUUUCAAAUUUCGUAAAUUCGAGUUUAUCAAAAAUGAUAUCUAUAGAUAUGAAUGCAUUUCAAAGGCAAAAAUGUUUAUAAAAACAUUUUAUGAAAUGCAUCUAAAAGAAACCAAAGAAAUCGAUAUAACAAUUGAAACAAAUUGUUUAAAUAACACUUUGAACUCGUCAAACAGCUCAGCUGACAAUACCAUAAAAACAUUUUAG